UAUUAAUCGGCUAAGGCGAUCAGGUGAGAUGGGUUGCGUGCCUUGUCCGUCUUUGUCGUGGGUAAGUCAAUGAAGAUCGUCCCGGAGCAAACGACUGGUUCUGCUCAUCUAGCCAGUGUCUUUCAGAUUUAAAGCGGUUGACGCGAAACUUGUUCACCCCGCAUUGAUUCAAUGCCGUGCAAGCUGGCAUUUAUAGCGAGGCGGGGCUGUGCGCCGCCUCGGCUCGGAAGCGCCAACCGCCGCCGCCGCCGCCGCCGCGGCGCCGCCACCAGUGGGCGAGAGAUCAUUCAGCCCGGCCCCGAUAUUGGGCGCCCGCUAGAGCAGCUGUUGACAGCGGGGGGCUGCCAGUAUAAAAGCAUGCAUCAAGGUCUCUUGUCAUUAGCGGCGUUCUCGCUGUCGUGCUGUUUCGUGCCAAGAUCGUGUCUGCUCAGGGCACAAAUGUGACAUGCCUUCCUCAGUACGGCUGGAUGGACAACUCGCGAGGCCAGAAUCCAUGUCUGAUCACUGCCUACCUUAACUCGGCGUGUCUCGCCGAUCCAACGGACGCAUACGUUUAUUCGCUUCCCGAUGAUUACCACUAUACGUCUCCAGCUGUUCAGUUCGCCACGCCAUGCCAAUGUAGCACUGUCUUCUAUAGUACGAUCGGUGCGUGUGCGACAUGCCAGAACAGGGAAAGUCUCCCAUGGUUGACCUGGCAGACGAACUGCUCGACGGACUACAUCGGUGUCUGGCCAGGAAAUAUUCCUUCUGGAACGUCCAUCCCAGCAUGGGCAUAUCUCGAUGUCACAAGAACCGACGCGUUCAACGCCUCUGCCGCUCAAGCGAACGCAGCUCAAGACCCACCCGAGUCAUCUGCCAUUCCUUCCGCAACUCCAUCGAUCGGGUUCUCUUCGCCUCUUCCCACGGCGACAGGCAGUGGCGCGGCUACUCCCCUUGCACCUUCUUCCGCUCCUACACUGCCCGCCUCAUCGCCAGGUAAGAAGAGUAACACCGGCGCCAUCGUUGGCGGCGUCGUGGGAGGUGUUGGCGGUGUGGCGAUCAUUGCUGGCAUCAUUGCGUACUUCAUCAUGAAGUCUCGCCAGAGCACUUCGGCAAACACAUACGCCGCCAAUGGCACGACCGCAGCUUCAGCCUCGACGUUUGGCCCCCACGACGACAUGGGCACAUCACACAUCGAGAAGACCGCAUUCGACGCAACAACCUAUGCGGCUCCUGCACCCCUUACUACACCGCCUCCGUCGACUAGUAUGUCAGUAUACAAUCCGAACGACCCGUCGACGUUCCCAUCUUCCCCUGCGCCGAUGAGCAUGAGCGGAACGACGGUGUAUAAUCCGAGCC